CCCGCGUUGGAGAGCGGCAACAAAGCAAAUGGCUCAAGCCUUCCGGACACUUCAGAGGUUCCUGCUACCUAAUGCUCCCUCCUGCCACCUCUGCCACCCAUCUCGUCCCUAAGCGCCCUCGACUUCCGCUCACUCCUCUCAAUCAGCCUAUUAACGCUCCGCACACUCGCGUCAAAACUGUCCUGCAUGCCCCUGACACUUUGCCUAAGCUCUUCGUGAAGCCGGUCGAGCUCUGCGAGCUUGGCCGCCCAUUCUCGAUGUUUUGCCCGUAGCUGGUCAAGCUGUUCCUCAGCACUGCGGUCGGGAGGAACCGUGUAAAGCGGUUGGUGCGGGGGAACCUGUGAUCGUCUUUGAUUCUGGCGGAACGGGGAGGGGAACGGAGGUAAUUGAGGAGAUUCGUAGGGCCAC